AUGUGGGAAGCCAGGGAGACAUCCAGUGUCCCUGAGGACUACACCUGUGUGAGGUGCGUCCAUCUGCAGCUCCUUGCAGACCGCAUUAGGGAACUGAAGCAGCAGUUGGACGGCCUCCGGAGCCUCCAGGAAACUGACAAUGUCAUAGAUAGCAGUUACAUUGAGGUCGUCAUUGCACGGAUUGUCGGCACAACGCGAGAGGGCACUGGGCCCGAUUUGAUGUUGAGAUGUGGACAAAUGCGAGGUGAGGUCUACAAGAUGAUGUCAGGAUUAUUUAACCGAAAGGAAACUCGGGCCUUAAAACUCGUAGAUUCUGGAAAUACAAACAGAAUGUUAGAGGAAGAGGAUAUCACUACCACUUCAGCUUAUGCAAAAUGUCAAGAUGAAUUACGCAGGACGGUUGCUGUCAGAGCGAUGAAACAGUCUACAAAUGAAGAAAAUUACGUCGAGGAUUUUGACCAUGAAUAUGAGAAACCAAGAAGAAUAUUUAUGAAGAAUACAAAAAACAAUGAUGCUGAACUUAAUAUUUUAACUAUCACAGAAAAGCCAGCAGAACACCAUCACAAUUAUGACCAAUGGAGCCCACCAUCUUUUUUGAAAUCUGCAAAGAGUAACUGGAGAGAAAAUGAGGGGAAAGCACCUAUCCCUAAACCAAGGGACUAUAAAAUGAAACAAUCAUCCUCAACAGAAAGGGAAACGAAGAGUUCACUUUCAGGUGAAUUUCCAAAACCAAGACCACGUUACAAUCUUUUGAAAGAAGAAAGAAAUGAUUUGGAGAAACAAGACGAUAACCUUUUUAAUAUGUCUCAUUCGCCGUUUUCUUCAGCUGUCAAACACAAAUUGCACUCUGGAGGUUCACAUUCUGAGUAUUCAAGAAGUGCCAGUCUUCUGUCAAAAGCAUCAUCAUUAAACAUAAGCAGAAGUACAUCAUCAAUACCCGAUGCCAGGUUUGCAGAUUAUAUUGAAGCACAAGUGCAAUCUCCUACAGAUAGUGAUGUCACAGGCAGCUAUGCAAAUGAUAGAAUCAAUGGGAAGAUAUCACCCAUUGCUGGGGCACAAUUUGAAGAUAAUAACACAAAUGAUGAAGUGAAAAUUAAAUUAAAGCACUUGUUACAAGCAGAAGCGAAUGUAGAUCAUUGGCAAACUCAAGUGUUUAAACCCAACUUGGAGCAACAUGUCACUGAUCAUGCCAUCCCGGAGUCUUUCAUGGGGAAUUCUUCCAAAUUGAAGGAGAAAGACCAAGCUAGGAUGGAAUGGAUUGGGAGCAAGGGUCAAAAUCCAAAAUCACAUCGAAAAUCAAAUGAUAGCAGGUCUCUGAAUUCACCCGUGCAGACCAUGGGAAGAUCUUCUGCUAGAAAAAGUCCACAAUCCAAAACAACUGAACCUCGAUAUUUGGGAACAUUAAAAAUCUUGGACAGAAAGGCUUUACCAAAUGAAACUUCUAACCUUGAAGCUCCAGACACUAUCAGGGCAUCUAUUUAUCAGGUGUGGUUAGAACGGAAAAAACACCUUCUUCAUGAAGAUAAAAAACAACAAAAGCUCAAGACACAACAUGAAAAUGAGAAGAAAGAGCAGAAGAUUAUUGAGACUAAAGAAGAUGCAAAGGCAUCAUUCGAGGCCUGGCGGAGAAAAAAGAAAAAUGCAUUCCAAAGAACUGAUGAUAAGAAGAAAGAAGAGGAAAAAGCAAAGCAACAAGCAGAAGCAGAGAAAGAGGAGAAGAAGGGAGAAGCAGAAAAGAUCCCUCCCGGUUAUGCCAUCCGACAAGUCUUCGGGCGAGUUACCGUUACCGCCGACCGACGAGACUUUGGGCGGGCCCCUGGUUACACCGUCAAAUGA